AUGAAGCUCAAUAUUGCUUUUCCAGCUAACGGAACUCAGAAAUGUAUUGAAAUCGACGACGAGCACAAAUUGCAAGCCUUCUACGAGAAACGUAUGGGCCAAGAGGUUGAGGGUGACUCUGUAUCUGAUGAGUUCAAGGGUUACGUCUUCAGAAUCACUGGUGGUAACGACAAGCAGGGUUUUCCAAUGAAGCAGGGAGUUAUGCACCCAACCAGAGUCAGACUUUUGCUUUCUAAGGGCCACUCAUGUUACAGACCAAGAAGAGCCGGUGAACGUAAGAGAAAGUCUGUCAGAGGUUGCAUUGUUGCUGCUGACUUGUCUGUUUUGUCUUUGGUUGUUAUUAAGCAAGGUGAACAGGAGAUUGAGGGUCUGACCGAUGCUCAAGUUCCAAAGAAGUUGGGUCCUAAGAGAGCUAACAACAUUAGAAAGUUCUUCGGUUUGACCAAGGAAGAUGAUGUUAGACAAUUUGUCAUUAGACGUGAGAUUGUCAAGGGUGACAAGACUUACACCAAGGCUCCAAAGAUUCAAAGAUUGAUCACUCCAGAACGUAUUGCCAGAAAGCAACGUCUAAGAGAGUUGAAGUAUGAGAAUGCUAGAAAACAGAAGGAUGCUGCCGCUGAGUACGCCAAACUAUUGGCCGAGAAGAUUCAUCAACGUAACGCUGAGAAGGCUGAGAUCAAGAAGAGAAGAGCUUCCUCCCUCAAGGCUUGA